CCUUCCUGAGUUGGAGGAUUCACUAUUUCCUGGUUUCAGCUGGCAGCCAUUUUGGGGUUACAGAGAGCUCGGACUUGCAGUGGCUCUGUUGGUUUUGGGGGUUCAUCCCGGGCCGCUGGGGGGUUAUAUAGUACUCGGUAGUAGAAUUUUUUACGUUAGAGCUCUGUAGACGUUUUUGGUUCUUUUAUAUUUUUAUUUCUUGUUCCCCCCUCGUACCUUGGCUCUCGGAGCCGGUUUUGCUUGGCAGGCGUCUGGUCUCCGGUGUUCGGUGUGUGAGAUUCUACAGAGGCGACGGGGAGCUCAGUGACAUGUCCAGCAUGAAUCCCGAGUAUGACUAUUUAUUCAAGUUGCUUCUGAUUGGAGACUCUGGUGUGGGGAAAUCUUGCCUUCUGCUUAGGUUUGCAGAUGACACAUACACGGAAAGUUACAUCAGUACAAUUGGUGUGGAUUUUAAAAUCAGGACUAUAGAAUUAGACGGGAAAACAAUUAAACUUCAGAUAUGGGAUACAGCCGGCCAGGAAAGAUUCCGAACCAUCACAUCCAGUUACUACAGAGGAGCGCACGGUAUCAUUGUUGUGUACGAUGUGACAGACCAGGAAUCCUUCAACAAUGUAAAGCAGUGGCUUCAGGAGAUAGACCGCUAUGCCAGUGAAAAUGUCAACAAGUUGUUGGUAGGGAACAAAUGUGAUUUGACUACAAAGAAAGUAGUUGACUACACAACAGCAAAGGAAUUUGCAGAUUCCCUGGGAAUUCCAUUCUUGGAAACGAGUGCGAAGAAUGCGACAAACGUAGAGCAGGCCUUCAUGACAAUGGCUGCGGAGAUCAAAAAGCGAAUGGGUCCCGGAGCCACAGCCAGCGGUCCGGACAAGCCCAAUGUCAAACUCAACUCCAGCACUCCAGUCAAGCAGACCGGCGGAGGAUGCUGCUAAAACGGCCUGCCUCCCCCUCGACCACCCCAUUCCCUCCUCACAGCAGUGAAAUCUUAAUCUGAACCUAAGUGACAAAACAAAAAAAAAAUAAUUGCCUGAAUUGUACUGUAUGUAGCCGCACUACAACAGAAUCUUACCGUCUCCCCAAAGGUCAGCGAUUGUAAACGCUCAAUACUGACUUUUUUUUUUUUUUAUGCCCUUGACUCAAGACCGCUAACUUCAUUUUCAGAAUUGUUUUAAACCUCCCCCUCCCCUCCCGUGUGUGCCAGUUUCUCUGUGUGUAACCUUUGUUGCUUUAUUAAUGGGCCGUCUGUCUCCCCCCUAUCCCCUUCAUCCACCCCCUGAUUAAGCUAUCUAUUCACCCCUCCCUCCUUUUAUAUUAUUAUAUAUAUUUUUUUUGUUUUUUCCUUUUAAUUUUCGCCCGGUUUAAAUUGGCCUAGAUAGGAUUCGGGUUUAGUCUUCUGAAGAUGAAGUUAAGCCAUUUUGUAUCAAACAGCACAACAGUGUCUGUCAAGUUUCCAUGCAUCAAUAAAGUUUAGUGAGAUGUUAUAUGUAAGAUCUGAUUUUGCUAGUUCUUUUCUCAUAGAGCUGUAAAUGAAAAGAUUACUACACUAUGAUUGGCCCAGAGGAGGCCUUCCCGCAGCACAUCGCGCUGCCGCCCCCCUCACCGACGAUUGACGCGCGACUAGUUUCUUUAUCCUCGGCAUAUAAUUUGUGGCUGCAGAACAUUGUGAUUUGUUGCACAACAAUGUAACAAACAACCGAAGAAAUGUUUAAUAAAUAUUGUACUUAUUGGAAGUAAUAUCAAACUG